UUGUGUCAGUUUUUCUGUCAGACUGUUAGCAUUUUAGCUAAAGACAAUCUAUAAAGAAAACAUCGCGCUUUAACGAACUUUUAACACAUUAUAUUUAUUUCUGGUGACUCAUUCUGAGGUAAGAAGGAGAAACCCAUAUUAAUCUCACUAAUGGCCAAGACAGAUGAGAAAGUCAUGAAAAAAACAACGGAAAAACACAAGAAGCAGGUGAUGGAUGGAGGAAAGGAUGGAGAACCGAAACCAGAUGAAGUGAAAUCAGGUAAAAAACUGAAGCGUCCCAAAGCCACACACCUGAAAACCCCUGAAUCGGUGAAGAGAAAGUCGGGAGAGGUGGAGGGAGCGACUGAGAAAAGCAGAACAGGAGAACAGAAAGAUGGAGAGAGGAAGAAAGAAAAAGGGAGGGAUGUGUCGGGCGAUGGAGGAGAGAAGAGAGGAAGGACAGGAAGUGGGGAUGAGAACGGACAGGAUGUGGAAGAGAGUCGGGUUAUAAAGAAAAGCAGAGGACAUGAAGAUGGCAAGCAGAACGUCAGAGUUUGGACCGUGUCGUAUUCCUCCACAGUGGAUCUCGUAGGUGAGUGA